CCUCCCACCCUAAACCCGGACAUACCAGGGAAGGAGUUGGCUCUGCCGCUCUUUCUGCCCCAACAUGCACAGACUCGGGAAGUUCUUCCUGGGGUUUUAUCUCAAAGCCUCUCCCUUACAAUUUCUGUGUCUCUUUUUGGGGAGGAGGAGGGGCGAUUAUAGAGAUAGUUAAUGUCUGCCGUAUAAGAAACAUCAUUAAAGUUACUCUUCGGUCCUUUCUGUUCUUGAUUAAACAACAAUUCCUGCUCCUUCCUCUCGAACUCUCUUUUCCAUUCCUUAAGUCACUUUAAUGGCUCUUCAGUACAACAAAUAUUUACUGAGUGCUUACUAAGUACCAGGCACUAUGCUUGGCGCUGUGGGGGAUGAGCAGAUGAGGGGGAUGUAGUAUCCUCCAUCAAGGAGAUUGUAAUCCAGACAGGGACUACACAUUUGUGCGUAGUAUAUUCAGAUUUAGUCAAUAUUUACUGAAUGCCUGUUCACAUAUUUAAUGGUAUAUAAUCCUUACAAUAACACUCUGAAAUAUAACUAGUCUGCACUUAAGGUAAGAAAAACGAGCCUAAAGAAUGUCUUUCCGUUGGCCUACCGGCUCAGGGGUCCUCGGUGCAAGCCUAACAUCUGACACUAUGUCAGGCCAUCACCACCAAAUACAGUUAAUGCACCCGGGGAUCCAAGAGGGAGUAGACACACAGCAGUUCCCAGGGUCCCUUUAAAUGUGAUUCCCACUCCCCAGGAAAGAAGAGUGGACACAGUGCUCCAGUGAGUGUUGGCCCAGCACUGAGCAGGGCAGAAGUGGCUUACAAAGAAAGCUCCUUGCCUCCUAGGACCCUGCCUCCUGGUACUAAUUCCCAGGGGUCUUCUGGCUCAGCCUUCUUCUGUCAUCAAUAAUAAUAAUGAUAAUAGCCACUAACAUUUAUUGAGUGCUUUGCCAGGUGCUGGGCUAGGCUGAUUCAUAUGCAUUUUCUCUUUUAAUAUGUACUCAAGGCAACCCCUUGAGACUGGUAUUAUUAACUUCCCUUUAUAGAUAGGGAAACAGAAUGAUUAAGUAACUUGCCCAAGGUCACCCAGGUAGAUCUGGGAUUUGAACAUAAGUCUGGUUGCUUCCAGACCUCAGGCUCUGCACCAAGAUGGGCCUUUCCUAUUUUUGAUCUUUAGAGUAUAUAUGUUCUGCUUCUUACUGUAGAAACAAAUGUCCCCAGCUUUGCAUCUGAAUAAACCCUGUAGUAUAUGGGCGUCAGGCACAUCAGUAUGACUUCAUCAACACCACUAAUGGUCAUUAAACACCCACCAUGAGUCAACACUUCACAGUCAUAUUAUUAGCCACCGUUUUAACACUCAGUUUGAACAAACUGAGGUUCAAAUAGAUAGAAUAAUGUAUCCAAGGUCACACAGCUGGGAAAGUGGCAGAGCUGAGAUUCCAGUCCAGGUCUGCCUGGCUGCAAGGCAACUUCUAUCUCUCAGAAAUAUUAAUUGUUGCAAUACUGUCCUUCCCAAGACUGGCCAUUUGGGGACCAUCUUCUGUACAUGUCUAACUGCAGGUUAUCACUGAGUCAAAAGCAAUCCCCUCUAUAAAUAGGGCUCCUCAUCCACCUAGUCCCAUCCAGAGUAAGUCCUUCAAGAAAGGAAGAAGAGAAGAGAAACUGUCCAGAAAGUGAGGGAAGGAAGCCAAGGGAAUUAAACCUUGCCUGGUCUUGGGACAAAGCUGCAAGUGGUAAUGACAGGGGACCAAUCCAGACGGUAAUAUGGGAUUUCCCUAGGGAACAACAAGUAAUUUGAGGAGGAUGCCAACAGAAGAAGAAAGAUUAGAUGGAAAUGGGGGGAAAUUGGGGCCUAGGGUGGUAGUGUCCAUGGGGAUGAGGUGAGUAUUCAGAAGAGGGACCCAGGAUGGGCAGAAAUGGGGGCAAAAGGAAACGAGAACAGAGCGAGGCAGGGCUGGGAGUCUUGUGGAGUGAACUGAGGCUGGUGUCUACCGACGGCCACUCCCUGGAUCCUUAGGCCCUCAUGGGGACCUUUGCCCCACCACACCCCAGUUCUGACAGCGUGUCUCUCCCAGGACAAGUCUGUCAUCUGCUCUGAGCUACCAGGUCCUGCCAGGAGCUUCAGGCCCAGCUGUGUCCCAUCUCUUUUGGAGGAGCUGCUUCAGACUAGGAAGCACUGAGCUCCAUUGGUCGAGGGAGCCAUGGAGGAGAGAGCUGAUCAACGAGAGCAGGAGAGACCCAGCCUUCGUCUGGAAAAGCUACAGCACUGGGCAAGGCAUAGGUGGAGUGGGCACCUCCUGGUGCUGGCGGUGAGCCAGCUAUGGCUGGCAGUGGCUGUGGUGCCCUUUGCUGUCUCAGUUGCUUGCUUGAACUCUGCCUGUCAUAUGGCCACAGCACUGCCACUUGGGCCUGGAGCAUUGGGUCUCCUCACUGGGAUUAUUACCCUUGAGCUGCGCAGAGCACCCCGCCUCUGGAAGGUGCGGGCCAUGAUGAUAUUCAACACCUUCAAUCUGAUCUUGGGCUUCAUCGCAGUGGUGGUCGAGGUGAUGAAGACAGCCUUGGGGCCUGCCUCAACUGCCCCCUCCCAGCUGGCCGGCUUGCUGGUGCUGGAGCUCAGUGCUGAGGCCUUCACCCUAGGAGGAGUGCUGGUCUCAGCAUACUCCCUGUUCCUGCUGAGCCAGAGGAAGCCAGGAUGCUGCAGGAGCCAGAGUCAGCACUACCAGGAGCUGCAGGAGGGUCUCUCUGAGUUGGAGGAAGUUCCUGAUUUGGAGGAUGGUCCCAGGGUGGCUAGCACAGCAAACGGAACAAAUGAGUGAUUCUCUCCCUUCGAUCCUUUCUACUGUAACGGAGACUACAAGUCCCAGGAGGCCCCGCUGCCCCGUAGCCUGCUGGGAAAUAAAGGGCCUUCCCUCCGCGGUGGGGGCGCUGUGCAUCUGCUGAGUGACGCGAGGCGCUGGAAGUUGGGGCCUAGCCGAGUUUCCUCGGACGCGACCACUGGCCUCGUGUGUAGGGAGGAGCGGGGCGGGUUAUUGUGCGUGGGGGCGCGACAUCCCAACCUCGGCAACUGA